UUGUGCGCGUCUUCACGGUCGUGUGUGUCGUCCCUUGAGUCCGUCGCGUAACUGAUUCCACACAGUAACCAUGGCAGAGAAUACAGUUGUGAUAGACACCAAGUUGGGGCAGUUGAGAGGACAUACCAGGCAGUCUGUCCUCACUCUGAAGAAAUAUUAUGCGUUUCAAGGCAUCCCUUUUGGUAAACCGCCACUGGGAGAUCUCAGAUUCCAGGCACCGCAGCCUUUUGGUGGCUGGGAAGGAGUCAGAGAUGCUUUGGAAGAUGGCCCUAAGUCUAAUCAGAACAUCAUGUUCCCAAAACCGGGAACUGACCAUACCAAACUUUGGGAGGGUGACGAAGAUUGUCUUUAUCUUAAUAUUUACAUGAACGAGCUUCCAGGUACCAGCAAAUCCAAGAAGCCUGUGAUGUUCUCUAUCCAUGGUGGAGGUUUCAAUGGAGGCUCAGGUGGUUUGAGUAUGUCUGGCCCUGAUAUCUUAUUGUAUGAAGAUGUCAUUAUUGUAUCACCUAACUACAGACUUGGUGCGUUUGGCUUUCUAUCUCUGGAGAAUGAGGAACUACCAGGAAACGCUGGCCUCAAGGAUCAAACCCUUGCCUUGAAAUGGGUCCAUGACAACAUUGACAGUUUUGGUGGUGACCCAAACAACGUCACUAUCUUUGGUAUCAGUGCUGGGGGUGCUUCUGUGGCCUACCAUCUGAUCUCCCCUUCGUCCAGAGGCUUAUUUCAUAAAGCUAUCAUUCAGAGUGGAUUUUCCCUUAACCCUUGGACUCUUCAGGAAAAUCCACGUUCUCAUGCGCUAAAGGUAUCAAAGAAACUGGGAUGUAAAUCUGAAGACCCUAAGGAAGUACUUCGUACCCUCCAAUCUGCAUCUGCUGACGACAUCAUGGUAGCUGCGAGAGAGCUGCCUACGAAUAUGGAUUUGGUAACGAGAUUUAGCUUGGUGUUUGGACCCAGUGUGGAACCAGCAGGACCUGACGCUUUUCUGACCGACAGCCCUGAAAAUGUUAUGGAGAAAGGCGACUUUGCCAAAGUUCCUGUCAUUCUGGGCUGCUGUGUCAAAGAGGGAUCCUUGUAUGGUUUCAUUGAACUGAAUGAAGGAAAGUUUGCAUUCAUAAAUGAAAACCCGAGUGCAAUAGUCCCAUCGUUUUUAGGACUCAAGCCAGGAAGUGUGGAGGAAAAAACAAGCAAGGAAAGAAAUUUGUGACUAUUACUUAAAAGGGAAACCUGUCUCUUGGGACAACAUUUAUGAUUACCUGUGUUGUUUAGGAGACUGGGGGUUUCACCUGGGGAUGGAACAGACCAGAAAAUAUUUGUUGGAGAAGUCUCCAGCACCUGUCUACAGUUACCUGUUUACUAAUCACUCCAAAUGUCUGUGUGAUUUCAUGAAACUCAUGUAUAA